AUGACUAAAAACAACUCAUUGGGUGGUGUUGAGUUCUUAAUGAGAAACGUUAAUUACCGGGUCAUUUUAGUUCAGGUUUUAGUUGCACUCUUCCUUUGUGUUAACUCUCUGCUAAUCACAACCUUUUUCCUGAAGGAUUUCUUCUACACAACCAUGCGCUACAUCUUAUUUGCUAUCACAUUACUGUCUGACUGUCUGAUCCUGAUCCUGACAAAUAUCCUGCUCAUAUUUGUCUAUUUUCAUUUGACCAUACAGAUGUGGUUGUGUCUCAUCUUCUACAUUUUGUCAGCUGUGUACACUUUAGUUACACCCGUUACUCUGAUGGCAAUGACUCUGGAGCGCUAUGUGGCCAUCUGCAUGCCUCUGCGCCAUGCAGAGCUGUGCUCCACACGCAGCACUGUGCACUGCAUCAUCAUUAUUCACUGCAUCAGCUCUAUACCGUGCAUUGUGAUUCUCUUAGCCUUCUUUGCAUCAGCCUCUCUUAGUUUGUACAGUCAAUACAAGAUAUGCUCUGUAGAGAAGUUGUUCUUGUACAGCUGGCAGAGUCAUUUUAUGUCAGCCAUAUAUCAGCUGUACUUCUUGAUCAUGUGCAUUACUGUUGUAUUCUCCUAUGUUAAAAUAAUGAAAGUGGCCAAAGCUGCAUCGGUAGAGGAUAAAAAGUCGUCAUGGAAAGGGCUCAGGACAGUAAUUCUUCAUGGUUUCCAGCUGUUACUCUGUCUCAUCCAGAUGUGGUGUCCGUCCAUAGAAGCUGCUGUACUUGAAGUAGAUUUCAUGUUAUACAUUAAUGUCAGGUACAUUAAUUUCAUUAUCUUUUAUCUCACUCCAAGAUGUCUGAGUCCUCUCAUUUACGGCCUCAGGGAUGAAAAGUUCUUUCAUGCUCUUAAAUAUUACACUCUCUGCUGCUUGUGCAGGAACUUUUUUAUUCAUUUGACAAAUUAG